AUGAACGUGGGGGUAGCUCAUAGUGAGGUAAACCCCAACACGAGGGUUAUGAAUAGCCGAGGAAUAUGGCUUGCAUAUGUCAUCCUAGUGGGAUUUCUUCACGUUAUCUUAUUAAGCAUCCCAUUCUUCAGUGUGCCGGUUGUAUGGACUCUUACGAACAUACUUCACAACUUGGCAAUGUACCUCUUUCUUCAUACUGUGAAAGGGACUCCAUUUGAAACCCCUGACCAGGGCAAAGCUCGCCUCCUCACACACUGGGAGCAGAUGGACUAUGGGGUACAGUUCACGUCCUCCCGCAAAUUCCUAACUAUCAGCCCAAUUGUUCUCUAUCUAUUAGCAAGCUUCUACACGAAGUAUGAUCCUUUGCACUUUGUCAUCAACACAGCUUCACUACUGAGUGUCCUUCUUCCAAAACUGCCUCAGUUCCAUGGAGUACGUCUCUUUGGAAUUAACAAAUACUGAAUGUGGUAGAGUUGGAAAAAUGCAUGAUUAAAUGCAUAAUAAAACAGAGCCCUGCUCUGCAUCAGAAGACUAUAUUGCAUACCAAAGUGGGGCCCAAUUAUUUUCAGUAUGAAUUACAUUUUUUGCACAAACUUCUAUGGUGGAAGAAUAGUAUUUAGUCUUCAAAGCACCAUAAAAAUUCAAGCCAUCGUCCCACCUAAGCAUCUUAUUGGCAUGAUAUUUUAAGAAGGGCUUUGGCAUUAAUAUUUUUUCCAAUUAUUAUAGCCUUUAAGUACAAGGAAAAGUAGAAGGAAUGAAUAUAGCAGGAAAGACAACAAAGUGGUUCCAGGUGUAUCAGAGGUGACGGGCGUUAUAGAUAUACUAUCUGUAUGUAUUUGAGGGAAUGGGAUACAUAUGUUAUUUCAUGUGGAAAGUGUAUUUAACAAAAGCAUUCCUGAAAUACUGAGGUGGUGGUUCACAUAAUUUUGUGUGUUUUAAUUAUAAAUAAUAUAAAACAACACAAACACCCUAGUAUAAUUAAAGCUUAGUUUGUACUUGUGAACAUUUCCUAUCAUAGUCAGAUGAACCAAAUUACAAAACAAAAAAAAGUUCUGAAACAAACUUCAUGGCUCAUUGGUAGCAUUUAAUUUUAUGAUAUGCAAAAUUAUACUUUGGAUGGGUCUUACACAGUUGAAGACUCUUACAGGAGGAUGCAACUCCUUGGAAUGUGGGUUUGUUUAAUCAUUUUAAAUGUUUUUUUUUUUUGAUAUUAUGAGACCCACCACUAUUAAUCUUUACAUUUUUAUGCGAUUCAAUGAUUUAUCCUUACAAGUGGAGGCAAAGCACUAGAGCUGAAUCCUUUGUACUCCAUCUAAGUACAGUUCACAUUAUGAAGUCUUGAAAAGUGUUUAUUUGGAUUUUUUAACAGUGAGUUUGUGUAUGUAUGUUUUAAGCUGUAUUACCAUACAUGUUUUUCUUUGGAGAUGUGCAAAAUAAAAUGCUUACAAAGUACUAUGUAAGGCAUGCAUUCCAAGUUGCAUUGAUAGCUUGUCAGCUGCUUUACACAGCAACAGGAAAACAAAAGCUUGACCUAACUGAAUGCCAUGCUUUUUAUUCUGCUAGAGAAUUAACUGGUGUUUUAAUUAAAUUACCCAUUAUGUGUUGCCUUAAUUGGCUGCUGUCAGCAUCUGCUUGUGUUCUGUUACUAUGUGUAGAAGAAUGGUUGUGAAAUAUCUUUAUACAUAUGUGUGUGUAUAUAUAUAUAUAUAUAUAUAUAUAUACACACACACACACUCGUGAUAUAUAAUGGGUACAGCUUUAAAAUGCUGUCCUUAAACAUUCCUAUGGACUGCAUGGAGUUACUUUUCAGCAAGCUCAAAAUUGUUUCUAUUUUUGUUUGCCUUUGGUCAUAUCAUUGAAUUCUCUGUUUAUUUCCCACUGAUAUAGAGCUGCUGAAUUUAAAGUUAGUUUCCACUUUGUUCUCACCUGUAUUGUAUAUAUUUUUUAAACUAUUCAAGCAUUUUUAUAAACUAAGCAUAUGCAUUUUGUCAGAAGACAAUCUAUAAUCUCUACUUUUGCCCAGUACUGUGUACUUACCAUAGGCUUUUCUGGCAUUUGAUAGUUGUCAUUUUUGUACUUGUUGUACUUCAUGUAGAAGGAUAAAUUAUGAAAUAUUGGUGAAA